AUGACGGUGAAAAGCUGUGUCCCCCGCCCGCGGUGGCACCCAUCUCCGACUUAUCAUCUCAAAGCUCCCCAAGGCUGGAUCAACGACCCUUGCGCUCCGGGUUUUGAUACCUCGACAGGCACAUAUCAUUUGUCAUACCAAUGGAACCCGAACUCGUGUGACUGGGGCGAUAUCGCCUGGGGACACUUUACAAGCUCGGACGGUCUGCACUGGAAGCAUAAUGGGGACCGGCCGAUCCUGGAACCUUCAGAGUCUUACGACGACAAGGGAAUCUUCACAGGAUGCUUCUAUCCCACGGGUCUGCGGGGAGAGAAGGGACAGUUGACAGUGGUGUACUCAUCCAUCACCAACCUUCCCAUCCACUGGACCCUGCCAUAUGCUCGCAACUGCGCUGGUCUGGCAGUAGCAACGUCAGAUGAUGGAGGUAAGACAUGGAAGAAGAGCGAGAAAAAUCCCAUUCUCCAUGGUGAGCCCGAGGGUCUCGACGUUAUAGGCUUCCGGGACCCUUUUCUUACAGAAUGUCCUGCCCUGGACGAGCUUCGGGGAGAAAAGAGCUUAUACGGCUUUAUGUCCGGAGGUCUUGUCAAGGGCGGACCUACAGUAUUUCUAUACGCUGUCGCACCAGAUGACUUGACCAAGUGGACCUAUCUCGGUCCCUUUGUUGAUGUUCCAACUGGCUUCCGCCCAUCUGGGCGCUGGAGUGGUGACUUCGGCGUCAACUGGGAAUGUGUCAACUACAUGACACUUCAUAAUGAGUCUGAAGAGGCUCAGUUCCUACUUAUGGGAACCGAGGGUGGAGAGAAGCCUGGUGUCAAGGAUAGAAGUGGUGUUUGGUCCUUGUGGAUGGCCGGCGCACUCGAGAACACCUCAGAAGGUCCCAAGAUGAAGCAUGACUAUAGUGGCAUUCUGGACCACGGUUGUCUUUAUGCACCAAACUCAUACGAACACCCUGUUACAAAAAGCAGAAUCGUUUGGGGGUGGCUCAAGGAAGAUGAGUUGACCUUGCCUCGUCGAGAGUCAAAGGGCUGGACUGGUUACUUCUCCCUGCCACGGGAGCUCUUCUUGUAUACUGCCGAGAAUGUCACCAGAGGGCUCAAGUCGUCCUUGGAAGACAUUCAGUGCGUCAAGAUAAUGGACGACGGCAGUCAAGGAAAGGCAAAGAGGGUUCAAACACUUGGAAUACGGCCCCUCCCCAACAUUGAAUCACUCAGGCUGGGUGAACCCGCCUUUUGGUCUCACUUGGCUACCAAGAACAAGAGCGGAAAGCUGUUGGAAACGCAGUCUGUCAGCUGGGAGUUGGAGGCCACCAUCAACAUCUCGGCAGCUCAACAACGUCUUGGCUUCUGGAUCCGUCACGACAAGGACGCGACUCAGAAGACUGCCAUCUACUUCUCGCCUGAAAAGGAGGAGAUUGUAGUCGACAGGGUUGAGUCUAACCAAGAGGCAGACAUCAAGAAGGAUGAAGUCUCGGGGCCCUUUACUCUGUUUUACUUGGAUAGGAACGGAUCCGAAGAGCUUGAGAAGUUGCGACUUCGCAUCUUCUGCGAUGGCGAUAUUGUUGAGGUCUUUGCCAACGAUCGCUUUGCCUUGUCGACCAUGGUGUACGCCGACUCGAAGGAGUGCACGGGUAUCAGUUGGUUUGUCGAAGGCGAGGGCUCAGAGGAAACGGUCUUUGAGUCUAUUAAGUUGUGGGAAAAUAUGUCUGAAGUGAUUGUAUCGUAA